AUGCGCGCGUCGGAGCUGACGGCGAUCGACACGUUUACGGCAGAACUGGACGAGCUGGAGGGAAUGGUUGACGGAGAGUACGAGGAGGUUCCGGUGCACACGGUGACGGUGCACGACCGGGAACGAGGAGUCACGUGUACGGUCGACGUGCCUCAGGAUCAAUACAUUCUUCAAACCGCGGAGGAGGAAGGCAUUAAGCUUCCUUUCGCAUGCCGGCAUGGCUGCUGCACAGCCUGCGCUGUCCGGGUGAUUUCAGUCGAGCUGGUUCAACCACGCGCGCUCGGUAUUUCGCAAGAGCUCAAGGAAAAGGGUUAUGCACUGCUGUGUGUGGGGAUUCCCCUUUCUGACCUUGAGGUGGAGACACAGGACGAGGAUGAAGUGUACUGGCAGCAGUUUGGCAAGUAUUUUGCACGAGGUCCUAUCGAGCGUGAUGAUUAUGCUCUGGAGCUUGCAAUGCAAGACGAGUAA